CCCGCGCCCCGGACGCCGGCCCUAUGGAUCGCAGCUCCAAGCGGAGGCCCGUGAAGCCCUUGGCCGCGUCCCUGCUCGAGGCGCUCGACUAUGACAGCUCCGAUGACAGCGACUUUAAAGUGGGCGAUGCUUCAGAUUCUGAAGGGAGUGGGAAUGGAAGUGAAGACCCUUCGAAGGACAGUGGAGAAGGGUCCUGUAGUGACUCGGAAGAAAAUGUCCCGGAGGAGGAUCUCGCUGAGGAAGCAAAAGUUGAGGCAGAAUUGCUGAAGAGCCCCGUGGAGGAGGACGCUGUCGCGGCCGAGAAGGCCCCGGGGAAGACGGAGAAGAAGGAGGAGGAGAGUGAAGAGAAACCCAAAAAGCGCAAGGAGAAGGACAAAGCUUCGGGGUCUGAGGGGGCUGCGCCCCCCGCGGCCCCCGGAGAGCAGGCCAGCGAGCCCAAGAAGUGGAACCUGCGUAGGAACCGGCCCCUCCUCGACUUCGUGUCCAUGGAGGAGCUGAACGACAUGGACGAUUACGACAGCGAGGACGACAACGACUGGCGGCCGGCUGCGGCGCGGAGGAAGGGCAAGGCCGCCUCGCAGAGAGAGGGCAGCGACGGCGACAAUGAGGAUGAUGAGGAUGACGGCAGCGGCAGCGACGACGACGAGAAUGACGACGGCAAUGACGAAGACCACAGCAGCCCCGCCAGCGACGGGCCGGGCAAGAAGAGGAAAGGCCGGGCUCUCAGCAGGAACAGUGCGGACGACGAGGAACUGACCAAUGAUAGCCUGACCCUUUCUCAGAGCAAGAGCAAUGAGGACUCGCUGAUUCUUGAGAAGAGUCAAAACUGGAGCGCUCAGAAAAUGGAUCAUAUUCUGAUUUGCUGUGUUUGUCUUGGAGAUAACAGCGAGGAUGCUGACGAAAUAAUCCAGUGCGACAACUGUGGCAUUACCGUCCACGAAGGCUGCUACGGUGUGGAUGGAGAGAGUGACUCCAUCAUGAGCUCGGCUUCUGAAAACUCCACGGAGCCGUGGUUCUGCGAUGCCUGUAAGUGUGGGGUGUCGCCCAGCUGCGAGCUGUGUCCGAACCAGGACGGGAUCUUCAAGGAGACGGAUGCCGGCAGGUGGGUCCACAUAGUCUGCGCCCUCUAUGUCCCAGGAGUGGCUUUUGGUGAUAUUGACAAGCUGCGGCCUGUGACCCUUACAGAGAUGAAUUACUCCAAGUAUGGGGCCAAGGAAUGCAGCUUCUGUGAAGAUCCCCGUUUUGCCAGAACUGGAGUGUGCAUCAGUUGUGAUGCAGGAAUGUGCCGGGCCUAUUUCCACGUCACCUGCGCCCAGAAGGAGGGUCUGCUUUCUGAAGCUGCCGCCGAGGAGGAUAUAGCCGACCCAUUUUUUGCUUAUUGCAAACAGCAUGCAGACAGGCUAGACAGAAAGUGGAAGAGGAAAAACUAUCUGGCGCUGCAGUCUUACUGUAAGAUGUCUUUGCAAGAAAGGGAGAAGCAGCUGUCCCCUGAGGCCCAGGCCAGAAUCAAUGCGCGACUGCAGCAGUAUCGGGCCAAGGCAGAACUGGCUCGUUCCACCAGGCCUCAGGCCUGGGUACCCAGAGAAAAGCUUCCCCGGCCUCUGACCAGCAGUGCCUCGGCCAUUCGUAAACUGAUGCGGAAAGCCGAGCUCAUGGGCAUCAGCACAGACAUCUUCCCUGUGGACACGUCGGACACUAGCUCCAGUGUGGACGGGCGGCGAAAGCACAAACAGCCGGCUUUGACUGCGGACUUUGUGAACUACUAUUUUGAGAGAAACAUGCGCAUGAUUCAGAUCCAGGAGAACAUGGCUGAGCAGAAGAACAUCAAGGACAAGCUAGAAAAUGAACAGGAGAAGCUGCAUGUGGAGUACAACAAGCUUUGUGAAUCUUUAGAAGAACUCCAGAACCUGAAUGGAAAGCUCAGAAAUGAAGGACAAGGGAUCUGGGCCUUGCUGGGCAGAAUCACUGGACAGAAGUUGAACAUACCGGCCAUCUUGCGAGCGCCCAAGGAGAGAAAGCCCAGCAAAAAGGAAGGUGGUGCCCAAAAGACCUCGACCCUGCCUGCUGUCCUUUAUAGUUGUGGAAUUUGUAAGAAGAGCCAUGACCAGCAUCUCCUUUUGCUGUGUGACACCUGUAAGCUGCAUUAUCAUCUGGGCUGUCUGGAUCCCCCUCUGACGAGGAUGCCAAGGAAGACCAAAAACAGCUACUGGCAGUGCUCAGAGUGUGACCAAGCAGGGAGCAGUGACAUGGAAGCUGAUAUCGCCAUGGAAACCUUACCAGAUGGGACCAAACGGUCACGGAGGCAGAUCAAAGAGCCAGUCAAAUUUGUUCCUCAAGAUGUGCCACCAGAACCUAAGAAGAUGCCAAUCAGAAACACAAGAACCAGAGGCCGCAAAAGAAGCUUUGUUCCUGAAGAGGAAAAACCUGAGGAGCGAGUUCCUCGGGAAAGGAGACAGAGACAGUCUGUGCUCCAGAAGAAGCCCAAGUCUGAGGACCUCCGUACCGAGUGCGUGACCUGCAAGGGAACUGGAGACAACGAGAACCUCGUGAGUGCUGGGACUCAGUGAAGAGGGACAGAAUCUGUGGGACUUAAGUGCGGUGGCUGCUCCUCAGCGCUGUUACUGAACAAAGAAAGCCAUGCUCUUCCUCUAGUCCGCUUCCCGUUUCAUGCCGCCUAAGCCGUACGUUCCGAUUUCAGACAACGUAUUGUGGAGUCCUAGAGAAGCCUGUUCUGUGGAAGGAUUGUUUCUCUUAACGAUGCUCGUGCAGAGCCAGCUAGGGCUUUGCCUCUGGCAGCACUGGGCUGUCUCAUUCUGAAGUCGCUGUCUUGUUAUGGAAGCCAGAUCCUGUGCCUAUUAGCAUGAAUUACUCAGUGUUUACACUUCUGAUUUAACCAUGUGAACAAAAAUAUCUUCGUGUUGAGCAGUACUUGAAAUUUGCCGUCUUUGAUGUCUUCCCUGAGCUCGCUUUGUUCAGGCUGAAAUUGUUUUCCCCAGACACACAUAGUGAAAAUAUGAGAUCACCGGAAGGGUCCUGAGCGGUCCAGCUGCACUGUGUGCCCGCUCAGAUGUCUUCAUCAGCGUCUGUGUCUUUCCAGGGAGAUACAGGAAUUACAUUGCCAUCUGCAAAUUUGUUGAUCCAAACUUAAAACCGACCACAGAAAUGGUUUGAAUCUUCUGUUACUGCAGCCUGAACUGACUUGGAAGAGGCUUUUUGCUGAAAUACCUGUAAAUGAUAACAUAAUUCCUUGUGGAAACUCCUGAUUUAUAGUGGCGGUUUGGGUUGAAAAUAAAUUAAACUUAGGGGGAAAAAAACAGCAAUAGAAAUAUUCUAGGUUAUUGAGGGGAAAACGCAAAUAAAAAGAUACUGUAUUCUGUAUAUUAUAGCUAUAUCAUAGUAGAAGACCAUAUGUUUGGCUAAGAUGUUCAAUAAAAGUAACGUGGUGUGUGUAAAAUGGUAUAUAAAUUGAGGUAAUUAAAUUAUCAAAAGAUAUUUUACAACAUAUCUGGGAAAGAUUAAUAUUCUGUGGCACAGCAUUAAAUAGUUCUGUUAUAUUGCAUUAGAAAUCAGAUUUCCAGUUGUUGUCAUAAUGUAGGAGUAAGAAAAAUUAUAGUUUCUACAGUCUAACCAACUUGAGAAAAAAUGACAAACAUUUUACUAACGGAAAAAUGCUAAUGUGCUAGCAGCCUUGGCCCUCUAUAAUGUCUGCUUAGAAAUUACUUAUGGUCACUUUUUUUCUUUGUUGAAAUCAUUAUGCCAAGUGACUUUUUGUGCCUCUGUGAAUCAAAAGUGUUACCAUGCUUCCAUGAAAACACCUUGUAAUCCUGAAGACUGAGAGGUGAUCAUCUUUUUGUGGGCAGAUUUAAGUAUCUUUUGUCUCACAGCAUAAAAUAUCCACUCCAUAAUUCAUGAGCUAGAUUUUUGCAAAGGUGAGCUUGGAAGAGGGAGUACCGUGGAGGGAGGGAGAUAAAACACUUCCCGUCCUUCCUAAUGGCCUCUCCUCAAAACUCUCCAAUUUUCCACACUAUAAAAUUGACCUUGUCCGUAAUUGGCCCAACUGCUAUUCUGAAGCGAUAUUAAUUUGUGCUUAAACAAUCUCCA